ACGAGAGUCCACACAGGAGAGAAACCAUUCAGCUGCUCAAUUUGUGGUAAGAGUUUUUCACAUAAAGGUGUUUUAAAUAGACACAUGAAAGUCCACACAGAUAAACCAUUUAACUGCUCAGAAUGUGACAAAACUUUUACAGACAAACAACGCUUAAACAUUCACAUGAAAGUCCACACAGGAGAGAGACGAUUUAGCUGCUCAGAAUGUGACAACUUUUCAGAUAAGCAUGUCUUACACCAACACAUGAGAGUCCACACAGGAGAGAAACCAUUUAGCUGCUCAGUUUGCCAUCAAGAUUUUAGAGAUCAAACUAGCUUUAAAGUACACAUGAGAAUCCACGCAGGAGAGAGACCAUUUAGCUGCUCAGAAUGUGACAAACGUUUUAAACGUAAAAGUAACUUGGACACACACAUGCAAGUCCACACAGGAGAGAAACCAUUUAGCUGCUCAGAAUGUGACAAAAGAUUUUCAUCUCAAUAUAACUUGAAGAUUCACAUGAGUGUCCACACAGGAGAGAGACCAUUUAACUGCUCAGAAUGUGACAAAAGAUUUUCAUGUCAAUAUAACUUGAAGCUUCACGAUGUCCACACAGGAGAGAGACCAUUCAGCUGCUCAGAAUGUCAUAAAACUUAUAGUGUUAAAACUAACUUAAAAGUACACAUGAGACUCCACACAGGAGAGAAACAUUUAGCUGCUCAGAAUGUGACAAAAGCUUUUCAGAUAAGCAUGUCUUACACAGGCACAUGAGAUUCCACACAGGAGAGAGACCGUUCAGCUGCAGUGUG